AUGGACAGAGAUAAAUAUCAAGUGCUAGGCCUGGACAAGGCAACAAUGGAGGACCCACUUUAUGAUAGGAUCCUAGGAUGCAUUUAUGGUUCAGUGAUUGGAGAUGCAUAUGGUCUAUCAACCGAGUUCUUAAAUAAGGAACAAAUUAUGAAGGCUUAUGGAAGUAGUGCUAUACCUUUCCCAGGAUUUAUGAAGACUUCGCAUAGUGCCAGAUGGCCAAAGGGUGACUGGACUGAUGAAUCCGAUCAAAUGAUCGUUGCUCUUGAGUCACUCAUUGAAUCUGGAGGCAAGGCCAACGAAAUCAACUUUGCAAAGAGACUCCAGAAAUGGUUGAUCUCUGGAUUCUCUGAUCUAGGUGAUACUUGUGGCUUGGGACUCAAUGGUAGUUCAAUCAUUUUACAAGGCCAGUUCUUGAAGGAUCCUUUCUUUGUUAGUGAGAAGAGUUGGAUUACAUCUGGAAGAAGAUGUUCAAAUAAUGCUGCAUUGUCACGUGCUAUUGCUACUGGUUUGUUCUCGCAUGAUAAUAUGGAGACUGUCACAUACAAUGCCACAUCAAUGUGCAAGGCCACUCACUUUGAUCCACGUUGCAUCGUAUCAAACAUUGCCGUCAGCACUGCCAUUGCCAUACUGCUCACCAACGUGGAGACCAAGAGAACACCGAAAACACCCAAUCGUAAUGAAGAGGUCGAUCAUCUCAUAGAGGAAGUUGUCAGCAAACUGGCCAGCACGAUGACCACCAUCCAAGAGCGUGCCGAGUUUGAAGAGAUAAUGUACAACACAUCAUUGGAGUCACUCAAUCUCUCUGCUCCAGAUUCUCUAAAUUAUGUUUUCAAGUCACUUGGAGCUGGUUUCUGGGGACUAAGGUCCAACCAUUCUUUCAAGGAUACCUUGAGUAUGAUUGUCAAGGAAGGUGGAGAUGCCGAUUGUAAUGGAUUCGUUUGUGGUGGAUUGUUGGGAGCAAAGAUUGGAUAUUCCAACCUGCCUAGAGACUGGCUGCACGCCCUCCCAUACAAGGAUUGGCUUGAUAUAAGAGUUGCCAAGAUGAUCGAUCUCAUAAAGAAGCAAAGAUCCUAA